CACACACACGCACACACACACACGCACAUCACCCGUAAACCCCAGCCUUCUAGGCACGACACUGGUUUAUUCUCACCAGUUCAGUUUUCGGUUUUAUUUUCCAACUACGAUGGCGACAAGAAAACUAUGUCAAGAAGCAAGGAUUGUAGGCCUAUAUAGAUCCGUAGUCGAUAUGUUCGUGUGUGUUGUGCGAGCGACGACUUAGCGCCGUGCGAGCUAUUUCAAUAUUCAUCGUUGCGUUGGUCGGAAAACAACUGGCGGUGGUCGUUUUAGUUUGGUAUUGUCUAUCAGAACAGAGUCACAAAGACAACCACACUGGUACGGUUAAGUGGUUAAUGCACUAGCAGGAUAGUGAAGUGUUUAAUACACAAGCAGUACAGUGAAAUGGUUGAGAUAUCAGCAGGACAGUGGAGUGGUUGAACCACCAGCAGUAGAGUGAAGUGGUUGAGGCACCAGCGAUACAGUGGAAUGGUUGAGGCAUCAGCAGUAGAGUGAAGUGGUUGAGGCAUCAGCAGUAGAGUGAAGUGGUUGAGGCAUCAGCAGUACAGUGAAGUGGUUGAGGCAUCAGCAGUACAGUGAAAUGGUUGAGGCAUCAGCAGUAUAGUGAAAUGGUUGAAGCACCAACAGUAGAGUGAAAUGGUUGAAGCACCAGCAGUAGAGUUAAAUGGUUGAAGCACCAGCAGUACAGUGAAGUGGUUGAGGCAUCGGCAGUAGAGUGAAGUGGUUGAGGCAUCAGCAGUAGAGUGAAGUGGUUGAGGCAUCAGCAGUACAGUGGAAUGGUUGAGGCAUCAGCAGUACAGUGAAAUGGUUGAAGCACCAGUAGUAGAGUGAAAUGGUUGAAGCACCAGUAGUAGAGUGAAAUGGUUGAGGCACCAGUAGUAGAGUGAAGUGGUUGAGGCAUCAGCAGUAGAGUGAAGUGGUUGAGGCAUCAGCAGUAGAGUGAAGUGGUUGAGGCAUCAGCAGUAGAGUGAAGUGGUUGAGGCACCAGUAGUAGAGUGAAGUGGUUGAGGCAUCAGCAGUAGAGUGAAGUGGUUGAGGCAUCAGCAGUAGAGUGAAGUGGUUGAGGCAUCAGCAGUACAGUGAAAUGGUUGAGGCAUCAGCAGUAGAGUGAAAUGGUUGAGGCAUCAGCAGUACAGUGAAAUGGUUGAGGCAUCAGCAGUAUAGUGAAAUGGUUGAAGCACCAACAGUAGAGUUAAAUGGUUGAAGCACCAGCAGUAGAGUUAAAUGGUUGAAGCACCAACAGUAGAGUGAAGUGGUUGAGGCAUCAGCAGUACAGUGAAAUGGUUGAAGCACCAGCAGUAGAGUGAAAUGGUUGAAGCACCAGCAGUAGAGUUAAAUGGUUGAAGCACCAGCAGUACAGUGAAGUGGUUGAGGCAACAGCAGUACAGUGAAGUGAUUGAGGCAUCAGCAGUACAGUGAAAUGGUUGAGACAGCAGUACAGUGAAAUGGUUGAGACAGCAGUACAGUGAAGUGGUUGAGGCAUCAGCAGUACAGUGAAGUGGUUAAGAUACCAGGGGUGCAGUGAAGUGAUUAAUACACCAGUAGUAGUAUAAUUAAUUGGUUAAGAUAACAAUGCUAUAGUGAAGACAUCAGCACUAGUACUGUGAAGUAUUUUAAGAUAAACAGUACAGUACAGAGAUUUAAGACAUCAGCCUCAGUAUAGUGAAGUGCUUAACAUAUCAGCAAUUAUAUAGUGUUAGUCAACUGGUUAAGACACCAGCAGAAGAAAGAAGUGGUUAACACAAGCAGCACAAUGAAGAGGACGAGCAAUAAAAAAUAAAGUGCACAGAACAUAAAGGAUUGCGUACAGUAAAGUGUUUAUCUAAUACUACUAAUUCAAAGCGAGCCGCUGGGUCCUCCGUACACUGACAUCAAAACAAACGAAGAUUUCGUCUUUUCAUUUCGGCAAGUCAUGCGGAUCUCAUGGUUAUAUAUAUAAAUCGUUGUUUGACUUCUGGUACUGGCAUUCUGCUAGGAUUCUACCGGCAUUACGGAUGUGUUCACGUCGUGGGCGACAACCUACCGUGACUCGCCGGGUUCUGAUACUUUCACUAUUCGCAGUGGUCGGAAUACCGCAAGGUGGUCGCCAGUGAGAAAUUGAGUACACGUACUUGACACAGAUGCGGUAGACAUGCGGCGGUAUGCGUUGUCUGUCAGCAAAAGGUAUUCCCUAAAAGCGUUGACACACUGGAAGAUCCAGCGUGCACAACGACGGUCCGCUACUACUAUUCCUAAAGAAGUGUCGCUGCAGGAACAGAGCACGCCAGGCAACACCCACGAGCGUCACGGAGACAAAACUCGGGUUUACGAGUCGCAUGAUCCAAGUCAGGCCACAGCUUCCCCAACUCCAUCCUCCGGAUUGCACGAUGUCAAAUGGACGAGCGCGGGAAACCCCACCCUAGCAGACGGCACGGCCUCGUCUGCGACGACAGUAAGACGUUCGGUGGUUAGGAACUUCGACUCUUCUACAGCGAAGCCAUUUGACUCUUUGCCAGGUCCAAAAGGCAUCUACUACUUGCCCAUAAUUGGACCUCUGCUCCACUUCAAGCCUUUCACCAACCAUACACUGAAGACUAUACACGAACUGUACGGAGAUUUCCUUAAGCGGUACGGACCAAUCGUGCGGGUGAACUUUGGUAAAUGGAUGGUUCUUAUAGAAGAUCCGGAUGACAUUGGAGUGGUUUUCCAGAAUGAGGGUCGCUAUCCAAAAAGGUCAACCGCAGACCUACACCUGGUGUACUGCAAACGAAACAACAUCGCGUCCGGAGUUGCUGCCAGGGAAGACGAGGACUGGCUGCUCCUCCGGAGAGCCAUCAACGUGCGGAUGAUGAAGGCAGACGCCGCCGUCAAGUACCUGGCCAUCCAGAACCAGGUAGCAGACGACCUGGUCAGCAGGUUUACACGGCUGGAGUUCUCUCCCCUACAGUUGAGAGACGAGUUCUUCAAAUACGCUACAGAAAGUAUAAGCGCCUUGGCUUUCAACAAGCGACUGGGAUUUCUCGAUGACGACCUUGAUAGUAUGUCAAAGAAAACGCUAUCACUGGAAAACAUGAGAAAACUCUUUGAACUCUUCAAUGAGUCGUUCUAUAUGGGUUAUGGACUUUACAAGCACUUCAGGACUCCGUUCUAUAAACAGUACGAAAAAGUCACGAACAACGUGUUUGGCCUGACAAACUCUAUCCUAAACGAGUGUCUGGCUGAAAUAAAACAAAGUGGGAAGGUGAAUGCCAACAACUCGUUCCUCGAGACUAUGCUGACCCAAGAAGGGAUCUCCUUGGAAGACAUCAGGACUGUCAUCAUCGAUCUCUUUGUAGCGGGGACCGACUCGACUGCGAAAAAUAUUCAGAUGGUUUUGUACACGCUUGCCAAGAAUCCCGCACAUCAGCAGCGACUGUACGAAGAAAUCAAGUCCCAGAUUGGCACUUCCGGUCCGCUCACGGAAGACGCCCUCAGCCGGAUGCAGUACCUUAAAGCAUGUGUGAAAGAGGCUUUCAGAGUGUAUUAUCCAACUUCUACAGGAACCUCACGCUUCCUAGCCAACGAUAUUGUGCUUCGUGGAUAUAAAAUUCCCAAAAAUACCUUGAUGAUCCUGUGCAAUCACAAGACGGUGAAAGACGAGAAAUACUUCCACCACCCCGAGGAAUUCAUUCCAGAAAGAUGGCUGCGCGACGAACACGGUCAUCGUAUGGCUCCCGUCCAUCCCAUGGCGAUGCUGCCCUUUGGCUUUGGGUCAAGGUCAUGCCUAGGAAGGCGCUUUGCAGAACAAGAAAUAUACCUUGCCAUCAUCAAGCUUCUACAGUCGUUUGAGGUGAGCCUGGAGCCAGGGCACGAGGAAGUGCGACUGGAAUACACAGUGUUCAUCUCCACCCGAGAACCCAUCCAUUUCGUCUUCAAGAAGAGGCAGCAGUGAGGAGGAGUUACAGUUAACACUCGCAACGAAAUAUCACUUCCAUCGAUCAUCCAUUUACAAGUCCCGUGCUUAUUACUCGUAUAUAGGCUAUAACUGUUAAAAUGGCAACUAUUUGCAGGCAAUGCAGCAUAUUGCGUAGCUUGAAGAAAUUAAACCCAUGUCCUGACUUUGAUGAUGCACAGUGGACGUUGACGAAAAACAUAUGGGAACAUGAAACAGAGGCGGAUCUAGGGGGGCCUGAAUUUUGCGACAUUUAUAAUUUUAUUAUAUAUUCAUUUUAAUUUUAAAAAAAUUUACGAUCGCCCCCCAAACCUCCCAAAGUUUCCUUAGCAUUCCGCCUCAUGUCACUGGGGCCCAUUCGCCUCAUGUCAUUGGGCCCCCUAAAUAGAUUUUCUGGAUCCGCCUCUGGGAAAUGUAACUGUCUGUUAAUCGUUUCUUAAACCGACUUUAGAUUAUGUAUCGCGGUUGAGCCGUUAACGAGAAAUUGAAUGGGAUUUUAGCAGGCACGUUUUCAGGGGGGUGUUGAAGGUCAAAAACCCUCCCUGCUUAAGCAAAUUUUCUUUCUUCUCAUCGGCAUAUUUUCUGGGGGAACAUGACUCUACCACCACCCCCACACCCCCUAUAAACUUCUGUCGCCACAGUCUAGACCCCUUUCAGCUAAAAUUCCUGCGCAUGCGCCACAUCUAGGAAUAUGUGUACACACUGCAUGCCAUUGUGAUUUGAGUCGGUACAAAUAACAUACAGUUAAGCAUUGGGCAAUGGUGUAACAUAUUAUUCUAAACGAUCUAAUCUUGAAACAUUUCAUAUGAUGAUUUAGCUCGACAGAGUAUACUACUGUGCAGAUAUUUUUUUUAACCUUCUAAUCGGAUAUUAGAUUAACCCGAUCUCGUUUUAUUUAACAGUCAAACUUGUCUAUACUGGCCACCUACGUGACAUACCAUACCUGGGUUUAUACGCAGGUGUCCCUUACAUACGGAAUAUAUGUAUCUGUGUACAAGAUACAUUAACUGUCUUGUUAUAAAAAAAAAACCAUGUAAUUAUAACAUUUAUUUCAUUUCAAAAUUAUUUUCGUGCUUAUAUCCAAUUAAGGUUCAAGCACGCUGUCCUGGGCACACACCUCAG